UUCUUGGGAGUGACAGAGUUUUACCUUCUAGCCGCCAUGUCCUAUGACCGCUAUGUGGCUAUAUGCAAACCUUUGCAUUACACGACCAUCAUGAGCCAUAGAGUAUGUAUUUUGCUUGUAUUUAGCUCUUGGGUUGCAGGAUUCCUGAUCAUCUUUCCACCAAUACUCCUGCUGUUGGAGCUGGAUUUCUGUGCCUCCAACAUAAUUGAUCAUUUUAUCUGUGAUGCUUCCCCAAUUCUACAGCUUUCUUGCACAAACACUCGCUUUCUAGAACUCAUGGCAUUCUUUUUAGCAGUUGUUACACUCAUGGUCACCUUGACACUAGUUAUUCUCUCCUACACAUACAUUAUCCGAACAAUUCUGAGAAUUCCUUCCACAAGUCAAAGGAAAAAAGCCUUUUCUACUUGUUCCUCCCACAUGAUCGUUGUCUCCCUUUCUUAUGGCAGCUGCAUUUUUAUGUACAUUAAGCCUUCUGCAAGGGAAAGAGUGACAUUAAGCAAAGAAAUAGCUGUACUCCAUACUUCAGUGGCGCCCCUCUUGAAUCCCUUCAUAUAUACACUAAGGAAUCAGCAAGUGAAACAAGCCUUCAAGAACAUGUUACAGAGGAUGGCCUUUUCUUCAAAUAAAUGA